UCUUGUCCCUGUUCAGUGGACUGUAUCUAUGCAUCGGCAGAUCACGUCCGGAACCUCUGUCUAACAUAAUCGCUCUAGCACAUAUCGCAGAAAGGAGAAGAGGGCAUUGGCGAAACAUCCAGAACAGGGGGGCUUUACAAGCACGCCUAGGCCUUGUCUGACGUAGCAUGGCCGACGAUCGCCAUCGCAACGACUAUCCUCAGCACCGACCAGAGGAUCACUAUCCGUCGCAGUCGCAGUACCCGCCGCCUCCUGACGCCGUUCAACGCACAGCAGACGACCAAGCGCGCCCCGGCAUGGCUGCUCCCUCUGUAUCUCUGCCCUCUAUGCACGACCCUCGAGCACCAGGCUACGGGCCGCCGCCUGGCAGCCACGGAUACCCGUCAGACCACCGCUAUGCCUCGCCGAGUACGACGAACGGCUAUCCGCCACCGCCUCCUCCGCCUGGUCAGCAGCCGCCUGGCAGUUACCUGCCGCCUCCUCAGCAACAUCCCGAUCCUCGCGCGGGACAAGGCUACCGAGCCCCCGAGCCCUACCCACCGGGCCGCCAGCAGCCUGGCCCAUAUGGGCAGGAGCCUCAAUACAGGCAUCCAGACCCCUACUACUACCAGCAGCAGCCCCCCGGGGCUCCAGGCCCGCCGCCGCCAGCGUACUACCACCAGGGGCCCUAUCCCCAAGAAUAUGGGCCUCCUCAAGGAGGACCGCAGAUGCCACAGGCAGCUCCACGACAGAGAACAUCCAUCGCCUGUAAAUACUGUCGCAAGCGCAAGAUUCGGUGCAGCGGGUAUCACAACGGGGGCAAGUGUCAGAACUGCGCGCGCAUGAACCAAGAAUGCGUCUUCCAGCCAGUCUCGUCAACCAGCGGCGCCGCAUUCAUUCCGGUCUCUGCAGUUCCUGGCGGCGUCCCACCGGGAACACCUCUAUAUGGGGCAUAUGGACAACCGCUGGCGCCCCAGCAAGGGUUGCCUUACCCUCCCCAGGGUGGCCCUCCGGGGCAGCAGCAACCACCGCCGCCGCAGCACGGUCAGCAUCCACAGGGCCAACAUCAACAGCAGCCACCACCACCCCAUGGUGGCUACUAUGCCCAGCAGCCGCCGCCGCAUCAUCAGCAACACCCGCACCCGCAUCCGCAUCCGUACCCGCACCAGCACCCGCCUCAAUAUCCGCCGCCGCCGCACCACGGUGAGGCUCCCGCACAUGCUCCGGGACAAGCGCCGGGAGUGGGACCGGGGCGACAUGCGCAGUCCCCUGCCGAAUCGUCGUACUCGUGGACUUCGAAGCCCGAGGAUAGCUCGCAGAGUGGCCGACGUCGUCGGAGAUCUGAAGAAGAUACGGAUGCGUACCGCCCACCACCACCUAGGGUCGGCGCCACCGAGGACGAGCCUAGACGCCGCUCCCCGGCCGAGUUUUCGAGCAAAAGCAGUCCUGGCGGGCUACCUAUGCGAUCCUUCUCGACGCACAGCCCGCGCAACCCGGUGCUUCCCCAGGUGAAGACGGAGAGCCAGCCUGGUACAUACAGCGAUCGCUCCCCGGGGCAGGCGGCUAUGACACAGAGUGGAGGGUCUACGCCAGCUCGCCAGGCACCGGGUCCGAGCGUAACGCCCACCAAUCAGCCGGCACAGCUCCAGGGCCAGUCUGGGCAGCAGGGUCAGGGCCAGGGACAGCAGGGUGGACAACAGGGGACGUCGGUCAUGAGCUUGAGCAACCUGGUCGACAAGAAUGACAUUGACAGGGGCAUGAUGGACAGAUUGAAUCGGCCGCGCAACCCUGGCGCGCCCGCCAAAUAAGGGAAACGACUUGUUGGGACAGGAGACACCAUGCGGCGUGGACACUGCCGGACAGCGUCAAAACACACGACAAUGCUCCCGGUCCCGCGAGGGAUAAUCGACGACUUGCAAACGACGCAGAGGAAUGAUUUGGGAUGCGAUUGGGGGAAUGAGA